UGGCGGCGCACUGGCAACGUGUGCGCAUGCGCGAUGCUGAGAGCGGGUAACCACACGGAGGUCGAAAAUGACGUAUUUCCGAGCUCCUACUUCCGAGGCUUGGCAGACAGUGGGAUGAGUCUGUUCGCGGAGACGCAGAGGAGUAACCCUUUCAAUGAGCAUCUGGUCCAGGCGACGCGCGAGGCCACUGCGUGCUACAUUGACGACACCAUGACAGAGAGAUUGACUGUGUAUGUUACUGAAAGCAAUAUAGAGGCAGAAACAUCUCCCUCAGAUGAACCCUUGCCACCAAAUGAGUCUUUCAAUAAAGAGCAAACACGCUUUCUGAUCGAUUUAAUCCGUAACCAGUUGGAGGCAGAUGGCAGAGGUCUUCCAAGAACUUUUAAGGAGCUGAAUUACAGACUUAAGUCUGCCAAAGGUCAAAAGAAAAACCUAUGGAUAGAUAUAGCUAAUAAACUGUCCAAACAUUUCAUGGAGACUUUUGACCCAAGUAAGGUGGCCAGAAAAUGGUACACCCUUGAGGACGGAUACAAGAAAGUCUUGGAACAUAAUAAUACAAGCAGUCAAACAAAAACACGGUUUCAGUUUUUUACUGAGAUGGAAGAGCUGUUGGAUGGCCAUCAUGACAUUGAAUUCCCUGCUGUUGGCACGGUGCAAGGUGUAAUGGGGCGCAGAAAAAAGGCAUUAAGUAUUGAUGGUCUGAGAGACUCGUCUACAGCAAGGCAAACAUCUACGAGACCAGCUUCUCCAACACAACCUCUGCGCAAGCGGAGGAGGACUGACGAGGACUAUUCCACUCUUCUGGACUUUUUAAAGCAAUCUGAGGCGGCCAGUCAGCGGCGCCAUGAGGAAAUUUUGGCCCAGAUGAAAUCUGCCCAGAAGGGAUUUGAGGAGCUAAUGUGUAAGUUUUUGGAGAAAAUGUAAUGACCUCUACAGCAUAUGCUAUAAGAUUCUGGUAACAUUUUUUUUGGGUGGGGGUUAUAGCAUAGCCUUAAAUAAUGUCUGUCCAAUUUAGUUGUAUGUGCACAUAAUUGGAUUUACAUUGUUAGUUUGAUAUGUACAUCUUGUUGAAACAUUUUCACUGCUACCAAAAAGUCAUAGGAAUCAGAAUGGUUUUUGUGUAAACUGUGUAACAUGUUUACUGGUCAGUUUUUCCUGGCCAUAAAAAAAAAAAAGUAAACAUGCUCAUUUUUAUAAAAUAUUGAGUUUGUCAUGGUCUCUUU